AUGGGUACCUCCGAUGUCAGACUUGACCCUAAAUUGAACACCCACUUGUGGAAGAGAGGUAUCCAAGGUGUCCAACACAAGAUGAGAUUGAGAAUCUCCAGAAAGAGAAACGAUGAGGAGGACGCCAAGGACGCUAUGUUUGCCUUUGUCGAGCCUGUCAUUGUCCCAUCCAACAAGGGUUUGCAAACCGUUGUUGUUGAGGAGGAGGAAGCUUAA